AUGGAUUUAUGUGACAUGUAUAAUAGAUUUUUGCACAAGUAUCAUGAUUUCUUAAAAAGUAUUCGCUGUAAUAUUGAGAAUGCUUUCAAGAAGGAAGAGAAACGUUUGAAAAAACUCAUGAUUUAUAAAUUUAUUUCGUUACACUUGCAUGCCUUUGCCAUUUCCUCUAUGUAUAUGGAAAUGCAAGAAAAUCCUGACCGGGGCUAUUAUAUUAUGGUCGCCCUAAACACAAUGCAAGGUCUUUAUCUUUUGACGGCCAAUUUACAAUUUAUGUUGGUGUUAUGUCAAAUGAAUUUAAGAUUUUCCUAUAUCAAUCUUUCUCUAGAAGCGUUGCAGCAUGAAAAGUUCCCAGCCAACGAUUUAUUGAAUUAUUAUUUAAUUUUGUAUAAAAUGCAUAUGGAAUGUUUUCAAAUGGCACGUUUAGUUCUGAAGUCUAGUAAAACGGUGACUUUUUUUAUGCUGCUGAAAAUUUUCACCACCAACAUUAUAAUAUUGUAUCAUGCGGUAUUGGUGAUAAUGAGCACUUUACAUUCGAAUAAUACGGGAAAUUUGAUUGGUACUUUGUGUAUAGUGAACUUUUACUGGGACACUUUACUGAUAACUACGGCCAUUGAUCAGGUUUUGGCUUCGUGUAAUCGGACGGCAUCAAUAUUACAAGCAACUUGCUUUGAAUUGAGGCGGCGAGAGGAUCUAGAGAUGUUUGCAAAAUUAACGCAAUUGGUAAGUAAUGAAAAUCAUUAA